AUGUCCAGUAGUUCCGAUGAAGCCCCGAGAGAAUCCGACUCAUGGGAUCCAACCAACGCUACUCAAUUGGAAAGUAUCAAAUCGAGUUUGGCAACGAGGGGGUUUCAAGAUGACCAAGCAAGAGUCGACAGAUUGAAGGUCAAUUUCCCUACUGGACAAGGUAUUACUUUCGGUGCAGCAAGGAGCUUCGCUCUGUCCGCUGCCGAGGGGUCUAACAUAACUCCAAGUCAAGGUACCUCAAGUACCGCAACUCAAACUUAG